AUGGGUGACCUAUCUUACCACCAUCCCUUAUACAAUUUCGUCCGCAAUACCCGCAUUGAUCUUGUCGAUGAACAUCCCCUCCUUCGCUUUUUUGCUGCAGCCUCCAAAGACACCCCUGGUCCGCACGGCCUCGCGAAAGAAACCCGGGAUACCGCCAAUCAUAUCAUCGAUAGUCAGGUAUAUGUCCAUUUCGUGUCACUAGAACCCGUUGAUCCGUCACUUGAUCCUCUCGGUCCAGGAUAUGGGUUCAUUCAAGUCAAUACUCGUUACUUAUGGCCAACCCCGAUGUACAUCGAUGAACAGCUCGCAGGGAAUUGUGAAGACGAGAAAAACGAGAAGUCAACACCCCCCGGAUAUCGCGGCCAAAAUGAUCUCUUCCUCAGAGCCGUCCUCACCCAUGGAAUCUUGAAGAUCUUCAUUCAAGACGUCACCAACCACCGUACGGACGAAUAUGGCGGGAGUAUCGAGAAUCGGGCAAGGUUCGCACUCGAGGUUGCAGAUGCCGUUGUAGAGGCUGUUGGCGCCGAGAGGGCAGGGUUGCUGCUCCCGUUGAAGAUCGCACAUUGA